AUGCAACGUCCUGGCAUCGAUUUUCAUUACACUUUUGCACCGGUCGCUCGACUCGGCUCUCUCAGGCUCUUGAUGGCCUUAGCUGCGAGGACGGGAAUGACAAUAUCGCAACUUGACGUCACAACAGCCUACCCCAACGGAAAAAUCGACACCGAAAUCUUCAUGCAGAAACGACAACUCCUAGAAGAAAUGCUAAACAGGAUAGUCCGAGCUGAAGAAAGCCAUACAUAUUUCGAAGAAGAAGACAAGGACGACACGAUUGCCUAUCCAUUCAGAGAACUCAUCGGGGCACUUAUGUACGUUGCCAUAGGGACACGUCCCGAUAUUACUCACGCAGUCAAUUCGUUUAGCCAGUUCAAUGGAUGCAAUCGGAACGUUAACUGGACAGCAGCGAAAUGUAUGCUAAGAUAUUUAAAAGGAACCAUCGAUCUUAAACUCGUCUACAAAAAAGACAACGAGAAUCUCAGAGGAUAUAAUUACGCUGAUUGGGGAAAUUGCAUCAUCGAUAGGAGAUCUUACACCGGAUCUACUUUCAUUCUUUCCGGCGCAAAAAUAUCAUGGGAAUCGCGGAAGCAAAGAACAGUUGCUCUUUCAUCGACCGAAGCCGAAUACAUGAGUAUUACCAAUGCGGCUAAGGAAGAAAUCUACCUGAUGACAUUUGAGAGAAUUAGGAUUCUCAAAAUUGGCCAACGCAGAGCUCUCCAACGAUAA